CGCACAAACCAGACCAGACAUGUGGGCCCAUACUGCCUAAUGCUCUUUCCCCUUUCUCUCUCUCUUUCCGACACACUCUCUCAUUUCCAUCAACAUUCCCACCUAACCGUUUAUUAUACUCUUCUUCAUCUUCUCCAAAAACUCAAUUUUCCUUCAAAUUCAUCCACCCUUGGCCUGUUCUUCCUCAAUUUCCCAAAAAGAUAGAUUUUUUUUGGUUCUUACUGGUUGUGUUAGUAUUGGGUCGAUGUCAACUGUGUCCAAAGAUGACAACUUGGUGCUGUCUUCGGAGGACUCUUCUUGCCCAGAAGAGUCUGAGAUCGAAUUGGGUCUUGGGUUGAGCAUCUCAGGCCCUUCUAAGUCUUACCACCAUGUCCACGCUCAUGCUCCUUCUUCUUAUGCUAGGAUUUUCACUGCCAGGGCUUUUCCUUCUUCACCAUCACCAUCACCAUCACCUUCCUCUUCUUCCUCUUCCUCUCCCAACAUCACUGCUGGCACCAAGAGAGCUGCUGAAUCUCUUGUUGCAAAUAAUCGUCCCGGUCAAGUAGUUGGAUGGCCUCCACUUCGGACAUAUAGAGUGAAUAGCUACAAUAUCCAUGCAAAAUCAACAGAAGUAUUCAACUCAGUGCCUGAGAAGAGUAAAGGCAACAAUACUGUGGUAAGGAAAAGUGCUGACAAUGGCAAUGGUAACAACAUUAAUGCCAAAGAAAAAAGACAGCUCAGGAGUUCCCUGUUCGUCAAGGUAAAUAUGGAUGGAAUACCGAUUGGGAGGAAGGUUGAUUUGAGCGCUCAUAGUUCCUAUGAAACCUUAGCACAAACGUUGGAUGACAUGUUUAACGAAUCAACCACAGUCACCACUUGCAAAGGAGCAAAUGGUGAGGAUCAUGGAAUUAUUAUUGGAGGAGAAAGGCAUUCAAAAUUGUUGGAUGGAUCUUCCAAGUUUGUGCUCACUUACGAAGACAAGGAAGGAGAUUGGAUGCUUGUUGGGGAUGUUCCUUGGGGGAUGUUCCUUAGCUCGGUGAGGAGGCUAAGAAUAAUGAGGACAUCUGAGGCUAAUGGACUUGGUAAGCAAAUGCAUCGUUAUUCCAAACUCAACUUACGCUAUAUUUUUCUUUUGCUAAUGUAUACUUGUCUGCAGCACCAAGAUUCGAAGAAAAUAUCAGACAGAAAUGCAAGCCCAUAUAGAUACUGUUUCCAUGGCUAAGGACACGGGGAGCCCUUCACUUUAAAUGUAACACAAAUAGAAGAGGAAAAACAGAAAGAGAAAAGUAAAGAUAUACAUACUGCAAGUAUAUUGAGAAUGAUCAAAUCUUGCACUUUUGUUUAAUUAAUUCAGUUUGUUUGUUUGUUUGUUUGUUUAAUUUUGUGUCUUUUUCUCUGCCUCAUCAUCACUUGGAGGGUGCUGGCAUCAUAGAUUUUCAUGCAACAUUACUAAUCAUACAAGGCAGACUGCUUCUUAGUGUUGUAAAUGUGGAAUGUUUUCUAACUUUCUCAGCUAUAAAGUUUUGAUUGUACUUAA